AUGUCAUUAAAUCCUGUUGUUGCCAUAAGAGUCGAGCACCUGAUUCCACCCUUAACUGCAAAAUUCAUGAAAGAUGACGAUGAUAUUCUAACUACUUAUUGUGGUUCACCGAUUACGUCUCGUAAUGAGGAUCGAUUUGCCACAACCGAGGAAAGAAAUGGCUUACGCGUAGAGUUUCACAAUCGCUAUUGGAGAAACAUUUCAUCAGAUG